AUGUUUUUAAUGAUUAUCGAUGUAGAGAAUUUCCGUAGCUCACUUAGACAUCAAAUUCAGAAAUUUAAUACGGCAGAACAGAUUAUUCGACAAGCACGGACAGUAGAUCAAAUGCGUGAUACUUUUGUAGACUUUUCGGAUCAUAAUAUCAGAUAUUCAGCAAAACAGCUAGAAUAUCUUGAAAAAAGAACUGCACUCUUUUUAUUGAAUCUUUUUACGAAUGUUUAUCGUUAUCAAAAUUUAGGCAAAUCAACUAUUUCAAUGAGAUCAAGUUCAAAAUCGAAACAUUAUAAAUUUCCAACACUAGGAAUCAAUGGUGAACUAAUCAAUGGGUUAACCGAUGGGUCUGACCCAUGGGUUGACCCACCUACAUUCACCCGGUUCCAAUCACUACCAAUGCAAAUGUUUCAAAAAAGCUCAAGUUCAAUUGGUAAAAUAGCAAUAGAAGAGGACGACACUAGUAAUGGAUUAGAAAAUGUAGUUUUAGAUAACGGUAUAGAUCAGCUUUGCGAAAAAGCUUUAGAUGCAUUAAAGACCGCAAAACCUGAAAAGAAUAAUUAG